AUGGAUCCCUUUCAGGAACUCCCCGUGGAAAUCCAGCUCAAUAUCCUGGUCUCGACUGACGAUCUUGACCUGUGUUCUUCGUUAUCUCGAGCCUCUCCAGCCAUUUUCAAGGUGUAUUCAAAUCAUCUUGAAUACAUUGAACGCAAGCACAAUGAAAGCAUGCUCAUCAACGACCAUAGCCUCAUCCAAGAUUUCAUGGCUGUUAUACUUUUUCCAGAGGCCGACGUCACAAAAUGCAAACCAGAGGAGCGAGUCACUGCCGUGGAAAAACACCUCCAAGCCUGGGGGGCCAAAGAGCUUCCAAACCCUUUUCUUCAACGCUACAACCACGAGGGACGUAGAUCUCUCGUCGCCCUUUUCGGCCGCAUCUCGUUGUACGUGGAGGAUUAUCUCCUCAAAGCGAACGGUGCACGUGCUCGCCGGUCCUAUCGACGUUUUCCAAGUUGGGCUCAUCCUGAUUUCUCGCAAGGAUUCUCCCAACGCCAUUUCGAUGACAAAGAAUGCAGUUUUGUCCUCAAAACUUUGACUGCUGACGAAAAACGACGGAUCUUCGUUGCAUUCAUCCGGUACGAGUUGAUUUGCAAAAUUUAUGGUCCGCGGACAGGAGCAAACGUCCCUGUUGGGGGCAUCCACCCACCUUGCUGCCAUUCCCGGAUGCAACAGCUUGAUGGAGAUAUUGGGCAAAAGUUUGACACUAUGAUAGAAUACCACUGGAAAUUAGACCACUUGGAUAUGAGCUCAGACUUUGGCGACAAUGACAAUGAUAUCAUCACCGACUACACUUUUGAACAGUCUGCACCUGACCCUUUUCGUUAUUGGGACUGGCACGUUCUGUCAAGAUAUGAUCAUCAAACACAAACACCUCGAGAAUCGAGCCUACUUGCUUGUGUUCGCGAGUACGUCUUGACCUGCUAUGGCGCGGUUAUCUCGGAGGUGCUCAAGGCACCUAUACCCAAGUGGUGGGAGACUCAGAUCUUUGAAAACGCCCCUAAACUGCGUGCUCGGCGAUUUUGGGACGCUCCAAAUGGUUGGACCAAAUGCACAGACUGGGGUGAUCUGGGUGAACUUGGUGACGGAUGGAGUGAUGUUCCCUUCAGCUUCAUGGCCAGUUGUGGCUUCGACCUAUUGACUAACACUCUUCUUAGUAGCAUCAUAGACUUUCGAGAGCUGGUACUCCAACUAUGCCGGCAGUUGGUUCAUGAUCUGCCCUAUUGCGAAAGCACAUGUGUCCAUAGAAUUGUUCGCUACGGGGAGGAUAUGUAUCAAUCCAUGUUGGGUGACGAGUGGUAUCCUCACGAUUUGCUUCGACUCUAUCGGCAGCGUGCCUGGGUGUUAUUUGACAGCCCCCGGCCAGGGAACCUGCGGCUCCCAACCGUUGCGGAGUACUGCAGUAUUCAUACAUCUCACAACUUGAAUCCUCGCGACGAGGUGGUGACCGAACAUUGGGAUGAGCUGAUUUGCCAUGCAGGCGGCUAUGCGGCGUACCCUGCGCUUCAAACCAGACUCGUUCGCUGUUGGGCAUGGCAUGAUGGAAACCGACAUGUAGUUUAG